GAUGUCAGUUGUGUCAACUGCAGGAACAGUUGUGGGCUUGUGGAUCCUGGUGACCCAUCGCACCCCAAUAAACCCUCCAUCAUGCGUGUAUUUCUCCGUGACCAGGUUCUCGUUCUGUUCGGGAAGGCCGGAGGAGAAACAGCCCAUGAUAGCACCGACCCAGUCUCGGCCCAUAGUGCCCUGCAGGGUGGCGAUGGAGAGCUGUGCGCCCGGGUCACUACCUUGGAGAAGGAGAACCUCGGGCUACACAAGGAGGUGGAGAAGCUGAGGUUGACACUGUCCAAGUUGGAGCUCCGUCUCUCAACCGUGGAGGAAUCCUUGGGUGGCAGCAAGCCUGCGGUAUGCCCCCCCGCUCCCACCCGCGCCCAGCCUGCGGCCCAGCAGCCAGUGGAGGAUGGUGACGAUGACAUCGACCUGUUCGGGAGCAGUGAUGAGGAGGACAGCAGGGAGAGCGAGCGUGUCCGUGAGGAACGGCUACGCCAGUACGCGGUGAAGAAAUCCAACAAGCCCGCCCUGGUGGCCAAGUCCUCCAUCCUGCUGGAUGUCAAACCGUGGGACGAUGAGACGGACAUGGGCAAGCUGGAGGAGUGCGUACGUACAGUGGUGAUGGACGGGCUGGUGUGGGGAGCCUCCAAGCUAGUGCCCGUGGGCUACGGCAUCAAGAAGCUGCAGAUCCAGUGUGUGGUGGAGGACAACAAGGUUGGCACCGACCAGCUGGAGGAGGGAAUCACCAAGUUUGAGGACUACGUGCAAAGUGUUGACGUUGCUGCCUUUAACAAAGUCUAAAGUCUGCCUGCACUCCCUGAUUCACUGACAAAUAAAGGAAUCCUGUGCUGAAACCAA